ACCUCUCCCUCUCUAUAAACUCCCUCUCUCUCUCUCUCUCUAAGGUUUCCUCUGAUAUUUUCCUGAUCGAACCAUCAAAAACGAACCAAAACCUCAUCUUUGUCUUUCCCGUCAGACCCAUCUCUCUGUUCUUCUUCAAUGGCGCAACGAUCACACGUACCAGCUUUUGGAAAUUGGGAAAACGAAGGGAAUGUUCCAUACACAGUGUUCUUCGACAAGGCCAGAAAGGGCAGAGGCGGCGGACCAAUCAGAAACCCAAACGAUCCUGAGGAAUAUCCAGAGAUGUUCGCCGACAACUCCCAUGAAGCUCCUCCGGUUAAACCCAACAUUCCGGCACCAAAACCCACCACCCACGAGAAGAAACAGAGCCGCGAAGACGACGGUUAUCACCCCUACGCCAACUCCCCUGGCCACCGUGAAAAUCCCAGCCGAAAACAGAGUGGCUCAGAGUAUAGCAUCGACCGCUCUCCUCUCCACCGCCACGCAAAGCCAUCGGGAAGAGAGAGCCCUGUGGUGGAGGGCAAGGGCUUCGACGGAGGCCAUGGCAACCGUGGGAAGACCAGAAUGAAGCCGGAUGCUCCGGAAGGGACGGCGGUGCCGAAGUUUGGAUCAUGGGAUGUGAACAAUCCGGCGUCGGCCGACGGUUUUACCCACAUUUUUGGUAAAGUUAGGGAGGAGAAGAUGGGGCCGGGAACCCCGCCGCCGCCGCAUUCUUCUUCGCCGUACAACAAUGUUCAUAACCGAAGACCCGACGACAGUGCCAAGGGAGGGUGCUUCCCAUGUCUAAGAAGAAAAUAAGUUUCGUGGCGUUGUUCUUAUUAUCCUCUGUUUUCAUUAUUAUUAUUAUUCAAUUUAUUUUGGAAGAAAUACUUAUUUACUUCUAAAAUUACUUUUUGUU